GCAGAUUUCCUUAUCCGGGAAUCGCAGGCGGGGUGGCCAUUGGCUCCGAGGAUCACGUGGGCCCCUAACUUUGUUCACUUGACAGUAAGUAGGAGGGCUUUCGGAAACAGGAAAACGAGUCAGGGGGUCGGAAUAAAUUUUAGUAUAUUUUGUGGGCAAUUCCCAGAAAUUAAUGGCUAUGAGUUCUUUUUUGAUCAACUCAAACUAUGUCGACCCCAAGUUCCCUCCGUGCGAGGAAUAUUCACAGAGCGAUUACCUACCCAGCGACCACUCGCCCGGGUACUACGCCGGCGGCCAGAGGCGAGAGAGCAGCUUCCAGCCGGAGGCGGGCUUCGGGCGGCGGGCGGCGUGCACCGUGCAGCGCUACGCGGCCUGCCGAGACCCCGGUCCCGUGCCGCCACCCGCCGGGGCCCUCCUCUCGGAGCCCGGCCAGCGGUGCGAGGCGGUCAGCAGCAGCCCCCCGCCGCCUCCCUGCGCCCAGAACCCCCUGCAUCCCAGCCCGUCCCACUCCGCGUGCAAAGAGCCCGUCGUCUACCCCUGGAUGCGCAAAGUUCACGUGAGCACGGUAAACCCCAAUUACGCCGGCGGAGAGCCCAAGCGCUCCCGGACUGCCUACACUCGCCAGCAGGUCUUGGAGCUGGAGAAGGAAUUUCACUACAACCGCUACCUGACUCGGCGCCGGAGGGUGGAGAUCGCCCAUGCGCUCUGCCUGUCCGAGCGCCAGAUCAAGAUCUGGUUCCAGAACCGGCGCAUGAAGUGGAAGAAAGACCACAAGUUGCCUAACACCAAGAUACGCUCGGGUGGCACCGCAGGCGCAACCGGAGGCCCCCCUGGCCGACCCAACGGAGGCCCCCCUGGCCUCUAGUGCCCACCCCAACAGGAGCCUCGAACCUGGGGGAAUGGGGGUGGGCAGCAAGUACAGAGAUGGGGGGUAUGUGGGGUGUGGGAAGGGACCAUCCCCUCUGGGGCCUGGGCCAGGGAAAAACCCCUAUUCACCCUUUCUCACUUUAUAUGAAUAAACACAGAGAAGGGAGAUGGGGAAGCUUUAUUUAUAAAAGUGACAAUAGGCAUAGGAAGCCGGGGAUGCCCAGCCCCCAGAAGCAGGAUUCAGGUCUCUUGCUUUCUUCCAAGAAAAGAAGAAAGGAACUAAGAAAGAAAGGAAGGAAGGAAGGAAGAAAGAA